AUGGAUCCCAUCCUGGAAGAGGUCCUGAGUGGGGCCAACACUACUGGAGGCCCCUCCUUGAACCACAGCAACAACCCCCUGGACAUGUUCUCUGGCAUUCAGCUGCUGCUGCGCUUCAAGCCCCUCUUCCUGCCCCUCUACUGCCUCCUGGUGGCUGUGGCCGGCAUAGGCAACUCCAUCCUGCUGGCCUGUAUCCUGGCUGAUAAGAAGCUCCACAACGCCACCAACUUCUUCAUCGGUAACCUGGCGGCCGGCGACCUGCUGAUGUGUCUGACCUGCGUCCCUCUGACCGCCUCGUAUGCCUUCGACAGCCACGGCUGGGCCUUCGGACGCCCUCUUUGCCACCUGGUGCCGCUGCUGCAGGCCGCCACUGUCUUCGCCUCGGUGCUGUCCCUCACGGCCAUCGCUGUGGACCGCUACGUGGUGGUGGCCCACCCAGUGAGGAGGAGGAUCUCUGUGGGGGGCUGUGGCGCGGUGGUGCUGGGGGUGUGGGGGAUGUCUCUGGCCCUGGCUGCCCCUCCCUCCUUCCACACUCGCUACCUGGACCUGAGGCCCCGUGGGGUGGAGCUGGUGGUGUGUGAGGAGUUCUGGCCGAGCUCUGGCCAGCUCAGGCUGCUCUACUCCUGCUGUAUCCUGGUAGCGUCCUAUAUGAUCCCUCUGCUGUCAGUCAGCGUGUCCUACUGUGCUAUUACAGUGCACCUGAGACGCCACACGCUGCCCGGAGAGCCCUCACACUGCCAGCAGCGCUGGAGCCAGAGGAGGAGGAAAACCUUUUCUCUCCUGGUGGCCUCUGUGCUUGCCUUUGCCCUCUGCUGGCUGCCCCUGCAGGUGAGAACACACGCACACACGGAUGUGGAUGUGCACACACACACACACACACAUACACACACACACAGGCACACACCCAGGCACAGGCACAGGCACAAUGCACUCACAAUGAUAGCCCACUGCACUUUCCUGAUAGCCCAUCAAUUUUCCUGACAUUGUUGACAUUUUAAUAUAAUUGAGCAGAUUUCUUUGAGAAAAUAGGAUGAAAAAGCAUUUUAGGGGCAGUUACAUCACCUAGGCUGUACAUAAUCCCAAAGUAAUCCAAUGUAAUCCUAAUGUAUGUGACCCCUGACUGUGUGUAUUUCUCCUCCCUCCCUACAGGUGCUGAACCUGCUGCUUGACCUGGACCCAGACUACCACAUCGUGGGCAAGCGCUACGUCAACGUGCUGCAGGUGUGCUGCCACCUGGUGGCCAUGAGCUCCGCCUGCUACAACCCCUUCAUCUACGCCUCCCUGCACAGCAAGGUCUGGCUGCACCUCAAGGGCUACCUGUGUCCUUGCCGCAGCCAGGGGCCCCCAGGGGGCCAGCUCCUCUCCCGCUGCACCUCCCGGAACCCAGCCACCUGCCUCAGCCUGCUCUCUGAGGUCCCCGCCCCCGCCAAGGAGACCCCGGGGGCCGCCAGUCCCGAGUCCGACCCCACCAACGACAGCACCCUAUGA